AUGUGAAACAAGAGAUAAGUUGGGAUGUGCGUUCAUUAAGUAAAAGCUUAUUCGAUUUCAUGUCACUUUUUAGAAUAAAUUGCAUGCUCCAACAUCCAUUCCUUCAUCUCCAAACCCAAAUCCAAACCCAAACCAUGUCUAUCAACAACAAACCUACUUCUUUCUCACUCACCAUUUUAAUUUUAUCCCUCCUCCUAAUCUCUCCGCCUUCAUCAUGCAACACCAACUUCCAAAUCUUCGACGUCUCAAAUUCACUACAACAAACUCGCCACAUCUUCUCCCAAUCCUCAAUCCAACAACCAAACCACCACCACCACAUCACCACCUCUCCUCCUCCCUCCCUCUCCCUACCCCUCCACUCCCUCUCCUCCGCCGCCGCCAACCACAACCACAACUACACCUCCCUCACCCUCUCCCGCCUCGCCCGCGACCAAUCCCGCCUCCGCCACCUCCUCUCCAAGAUCAAUCCCAAAUCCAAAAACCCUAAUUUAAAAUUCCCGGUCACCUCCGGGUUCGGGCAAGGUACUGGCGAGUACCUCGCCCGAAUCGGUGUAGGCCGGCCCGCCAAACAAUUCUACAUCGCGAUCGACACCGGAAGUGACGUCAGCUGGCUCCAGUGCCGCCCUUGCGUGACUUGCUACGCACAAUCCGACCCCAUCUUCAACCCUAUAAACUCCGCCACCUACAAACCCCUCCCCUGCACUUCCCGCCGAUGCGCCGCGCUCGAUUCCUCCGCCUGCUUAAGAGGAAACUGCCUCUACCAAGUCUCCUACGGCGACGGCUCCUCCACCGUCGGAACCUUCGCCACCGAGACAAUCUCCGUCGGCGAACAAUCCCUGACCGUCGCAAUCGGCUGCGGCCACGACAAUGAAGGCCUAUUCGCCGGCUCCGCCGGAAUCCUAGGCCUCGGCGGCGGCAAUUUAUCUCUUCCUUCGCAAAUCAAAGCCGCCUCAUUCUCGUACUGCCUAGUCGACCGCGAUUCGGAGUCAUCUUCCACUCUCGAUUUCAAUUCCACCGCGCCGGCGGAUUCAAUCGUCGCGCCGAUGCUGAAAAACCCCCAAAUUAAAACCUACCUCUACGUCGGACUCACCGGAAUCAGAGUCGGAGGGAAACCUCUCCCGAUCCGGCGGCGCGCGUUCGCGAUCGGGCGGCGGGGGAGGGGAGGGGUGAUCGUGGACUCGGGGACGACGGUGACGAGGUUUCCGGCGGCGGUUUAUGCGGGGCUGCGCAACGCGUUCAGGAAUAUGACGGGGGAGCUGCGGCGCGGGGGAGAGUUCUCGAUUCUGGACACGUGUUACGAUCUCACUGGGUUGAAUUCGGUCAAAGUGCCGACGGUGUCGUUUCGGUUCAGCGGCGGGAAGAAGCUAGGGCUGCGGGCGGAGAACUACCUGAUGCCGGUGGAUGGGAGAGGGAAAUUUUGCCUUGCGUUUGCGGGGACGGAGGAGUCGCUGUCGAUCAUCGGGAAUAUUCAGCAGCAGGGGACACGUGUCACUUUUGACCUUGCUAAUAAGAAAAUUGGAUUUAGCCCUAAUAAAUGCUAGUUAGGGCUACUUGUGUGUGAACUAGAGUAAGGAAAUUGAACCUAAUACUUAAUUUCAACAAAUAAGUUCGACUACGAGCAUAUAUAAUGCUAGUACUUGAUUA